AUGGUGGACACUGCCUCGAAGCAUCGAGCUGAGUUUGCUUUUGCUCAGCUUGAGAACGAGAGAUCUCUGACAUCUCUUCGUGACGAGCUAAGGGUAGCUCGUGGGAUUGUUGAUCGGUCUCGGGCUGAGAUAACUGCUCUUCAGACCCUUGUUGAUGCCCACCAUCGGGAGCACAAGGCUCUCUGCGAGAUGCUUGAGCGCAAGGGCGUUCUUCAUCGGAAGAAGCAGCGUACUGAUGGUACGGCUUAA